GUCGGCAGUAAUAAAAAUUGAAGUUAACAAAUAGAUUUUGAGAUUGUUACCAUUUUCUAUUGUUUAUUUAUUAUUAUAGACGACACACAAAUACUAACUUGAAAAGACCUUGCUCAAAUAAUAAAAAAUGAAAAAAAUAACCUUAAGUAGAACUACUGAAUAUUGAGGACAUCUUUGUCAAGGUAUAAAAUAUAAUACUGACAAAACAUAAAAUACUGAAAAAUCUAUACACUAAAACACAUAUGAACAAAACGGAUGAAGAAGAAUAGUUUUUUUGGUCGAUUGGUAAGAUAUUUGGCGUGCUGUAUUUCAAAGAAAAAGAAGUCCAAUGAAGGUGGUCUCUUAACUCAAUCUGAUCCAGAAGUUAUUGCGCAUGACAUAUGUCUAAAUAGUAAUAACCAGACGGAAUUGGUCACAAUUCAAAAUGAAGAUAUUGAUAUACAAAACGUAGGUGUAAUAGUAAAUGAAAAACAGAGUGAAGAAGAAGGCUUUAAACAUGUUAUGGUUUCUGCGGAGUCGCAAGAAGACACGCACUUAUUAAACAUUCAAAACAUAGAUACUGAGGUUGAUUGCUUAAAUUGUAUGACAGAGAACGAAGAAAUUGUUGAUGAAGGAGAUAGUUUGGAAACCAAUAGAAAUGGAGAAGGAAUUAUACGUUAUUUUGGAAAUAAGAAUGAAGUUGGAAGGAUUAUUUCCAAUAAUGGGAAAUGCUAUUAUUUCAAGAGGGAAGAUAUAGUUGGUCGUUAUCGAUACUAUAAAGCUCCGCAAAAAGCGGAGUUCGUCAUUGAUUCUACGCGACCAAAUUGGGCAAAGGACAUAGUGAUAAUUGGACGAAUAUAUGGCCAACGGUGUUAUUAUUGUUUAAUGUUUGAUCAUUAUACAGAAGACUGUAUUCGUUUAAAUAUCGAUUCAUAUAAUUUUUACUAUCCUUUCUUGUAAAAAAAAACUAUUAUAUUUUUACAAAUUAUAGUAUA